GAUAACCUGCUCUCUUCUGCUUGGCCAGUGUUAAAAAAAUAUAGCUGACUGGAAAUUAGCCUUUAGCCUUUUAAAAUAUUCUGUGAUUUGAUAAUUAGCUACUGGUGGCUCAUUUGAGAAAAUACUUUAGACUUAGCUGUAUUUCACACUAUCUAUAUUGUAAGCACAAUGUUGUCUAUGUUGAAAGCAAAAGUUUUAGGCCCUCAGCUUGGAGAUCUAUCCAUCUCCAAUUAAUUGUUGAAACAGAACCAAUGUUCUUUCUUGAGAUUUGAGUGGUUUGCGCAAUAUGAGAAAUUAUAUGACAUUUCAGAACUUGGUUUCAGUGAUUAUUUUUUCUGAGCUCUUCUAAAUACCUUUGCAGACAUAUAAAUACUUUCUCAUUACAACUGCUUUUCUAUUUUCUUUAACAUGUAACAUGAUUGAGCAUCUGGCUGCAGGCUUGAUGUACCCAAGUGAGAGGAUAAAGGCUGCUGUGUGUUAUAUUUAUGGCAAGCUAUAUUCUGUCCCCAGUGCUGCAGAGCAGUUGUCUAUUCAUUUCACAGAUAAACUGAAUAGCCUCAUUCUGACUACUUUGAAGAAUGCUCAGACCAUGGAACUGCAACUUAACUCUGUGGGUUUGUUAAAGCAACUGCUGAAAUAUGAUAAUUUUGUUUCGGUUAUUAUGAGUUUUACAGGAAAAGGAGCAGAUUCUGCAAGUCCUGAGUUAUUUGAAGGAGACAGUCUAUUACCCUUAAUUCUCAAGAAGCUGCUAUUGUCAAGAGAUGAGGUAUUACAGGUAGCAAGUAUACAGUGUAUGGCUGCUAUAUUGGUGCAUUCUCCAGCUAGAUAUGUUCCUGCCUUUAUCCAUGCAGAUAUUCCAGAAUUUCUGUUUGAGUGUCUCUUCUGCAUGAGCGAAAUUCUCAUCUGGUCAGUUUAUUGCUGCCUGUUGCUUCUGACUGAGGAACAGCUUUUCUUUUCCAAAUGCCACACUGUUUAUGGCAUAGAGCCUCUUAUAAAGAGCCUGAAAGAAACCUUGCAUCUUAAUAAUAUAGAAUUGCAAAAACAAGGACUUCUGCUUUUUACUGAAAUUUUGAAAAAGCAACCAGUAGAAAUCAAAUUAUUUACAAAUAUUGCUGUAUUUAAAGAUGCUAUUAAUGCUCUUUUGGAAGCUGUGAAAUGCCCUGUUAUUGAAGUAGCAGUCGAAGCUGUGAAAGCCGUGACUGCAAUUUUGAGAAAGGAUCAUGUGAGCUUUCCACCUAUACAAUAUGGACAGCUACAGAAAUUGAUUGAAACUGUAUUAAUGCGAUGUAACGAUCUACCAUUGGCACCUUUUAGUAAGAGGCUGAUGGAUCAUCAAGGGGGUAGAUGUAAGAACAGAGCAGUGUCACAACAUGCACAGUUCUUGCAGAGUGCCUUAGAAAGCUUCAGAAAUGCUUGCAGCUUAGCUGUGCAAUGCCAAAAGGAUCCUCUGGCUCAGGAGAACACUUUUACAGCUCCAAACUCAGAGAAUAUUGAUACACUGAAAGGAUUUUCGGAAUUUCUUCUAAGGAUAUCUGAUUCUCUUUGCAUUCCCAUGGUCAUGAAAUAUUCUGAAAGGGCUGUCCGCCUAGGUGUCAUGGAAGUCUUCAUUUCAACUCUCAGCAUCCUGUUCAAUGUUAUGCCAGACAUGCGUAAGAGAUUCUCCAUUAAGAUGGCAUCUUCUUCUUUCAUCCAACUGAACCUGGAAUUGAAAGCCAAAUUCUGCAUUGGACAAAGUAAUGCUGCAUUGAAUCAAGCUUGUUCUAGCUUUCUUCAUAGGAUGUGCCUUAGUCUUUAUUUGUCCUCUGAGAAGAUGGUGGAUUCCUCACAACAAAAGCAAGAAAUAUCUGAACUCCUGUGGAAGACUCUGCCGCAGCUAAACUUCAGUGCAGUGGAAAGCCUCAGACUCUUAUCUGAAACCCCAGAUCCCUUAUUUUUAAAUGAAACACUUCGCAAUCAGCAAUAUAGCCUUCUGUUUCUUUUCUACCUUGCUUUUAGUCAUGAAGACAGAUUUGUUCCAGAAACAGAGCUAUUCUCAGCUAUAUCAAGUUUUCUUCUAUCAGUUGAGGACCAGGGAGAUUGUCCACCUCCAUAUAUUGUUAAAGCUAUUUUGUACCUUCUGGCAAUUUGUCAACACAAGAGUAAAGCUUUAGACUUGGCUUCACUUUCUGCUAUAAGGAAAAUCCUGGAUGUUAUAUCUGAUUUCAGCCUAGUAUAUGUUCAUCAUCCUUUGAUGCUUAAGUUCUUUUUACAAUAUCCUGAUCUUAUGGGAAGAUUUGGUCACUGCAUCCUUCAACUCUGGUUUUCCUGUGAAGAUUUCUCCCAAACUGAAUAUGAAGAUGAUGCCACAAGAUGCUCUGUUGGCUUUCCUGACUCUUCAAACAAUUUUAAUGGUUUGCUUUGUAUGCUAAAAGGCAAUCCCAGUGCUAUACUUGUAUUGCUGGAUCUAGUCUGCUUUGGCACCAAUGAAGUGGCUCACAAAGUCUUAAUUUCACUGAAAACUUUCUUAAGAAUAGCUGAGGAUAUCCAUAUCUGUGACCUUCUUCGGAGCCAAUUUUUACAGACUUUGCAACAGCUUUUAGUAGAAAAUGAUUCCAGUAUUUCACAAGUAAGCCAGAACUUACCACUUUUGUUAAAUCUCCUCUUCCUGGUUCAACUGAGGUAUGCAAGAGAACGAGAGUUGGAUAAUACAGAUUUCAGAUUGCUUCACUUAGUCAUCAAUUUGUCUGUGAAAUGCAGUCCAACAGACUCGGAAAUUCUUCAGCCAUCCCUGAACUUUCUUUAUUGGAGCCUUCAACAGACAACUCCUUCCAGCCAACAAAUAGUGGUGGUAUUGUUACUUUCCAAUACAUCUUUGAUAGAGCUCCUUGAGAAAGUUCUCCACUGCACCUGGAUGGCAACCUCUUUCUCUGAGCCUGUCUUCUCCUCAUCCAUUGAAUCACUUAUUUGUUCUGCUUGGCUUUUGACUGCUUCACUCUUGACUCAACAAAAUAUUUACAAUACAGAGGUUCAUCAUAUGAUCUGCUUGGAUGUGGACAAGGUCUUCAAUGCAGUUGCAUUCAGAAGGAAGUGCGUAUUGUUUUUUGUCAGCAUCCUUCAGUUUCUGAGAGCCCUCUUUAAGCAGAACCUCUGUUCCUCCUUUGUGAAGUUUACUGUCCAGUCUACAGAUGAACAGCAAAAGGAAUUGCCACAGUCAAAAGAGAAUGCUUCCUUUUAUCCACUGGCUAUAUGGCAUGUACUGUCUUUGGUUGCCCGGUUACAAAACCUACUUGUCCAGAAAGACUUUUUGCUAACACAGACUGCUAUUGGAUGCCUUGAAGUCUUGUUAGGAUAUCUGCACAUGAAAAAUCAGAGCAUCGCAUGCCAUAUUGCCUCACACCCAUGGAAUAAAUUUCUGUUGAUCACACUUCUAGAUGGUAAUCAGAAUUCCUUUCUUAACUCAGAAAUUCUUAGACUAAUUGGCUUGUUUAUGAAAUAUCAGGACAUCAGGACUAUUUCUGAAAGUGAAAUUAGCCAUAUCCUUGAAGAAGCAGCUCAUACCAACUUGCUAGAACUUCCUAAUGACAUAAUCAGUACUCUUCGCUUGUUUCUUCUUCAGCUUCAAAAUGUAAAGUACCAAGUGGAUUCAAACAAAAAAGCUGUAAUCCAAACAUUGUUGGAGAACCUCCCACCCAUAAGCAGGCAUCAGUGGGCCCAUCAAGGCAUAGUGUAUCUUUUUUGAAGGAUGUGUAUGGAGGUAUUAGAGUGAAAUACAGUCUGUCUUGUAGCUGAGCCUGAAGUCUUGCAGUUUUGUGCCUAAUCCACCAGGAAGAGGAACAGUUUUGCUAUUUUCAAAAUUCUGUGUGCUUUUGACCUCUUUAUCACUUGAAGAUAUAAUGUAAAAUAUCAGCAUUAGAGAUAAAUGAAUAUGCUUAUGUACAAUAUUGGAUAUAAGGUAGUAUUUUGCUUACCUAUAUGCACAGAAUGAUAAAGAUAGGAUCCAAUUUUAAUUUUCUUUCCCUGCUGAAAACUGUCUUUGCUUUCAGUGGUAACUUGACAGAGCAAAACCAUUCUGUUGAUAGGAAAAAAAUGAAAAGAAUGAAAAUCACUUUUUGAUUUGUCAUGCGUAUCCUUUAGUACUUUCCAUUGUAACAAGGUGAAACAGAAGGAUCUGUAUAUUCUGAAGUUUAUAGUAAUUAUUUAUGUCCUAAAUUCAUACUAUUAAUUUGGGAGAAUAUUAUUUUGAAAAAAGAGAGUGACAGUGAUAGUCUGUGAUACUCCAAUGUGCCAUUAACAUUCAGUAUCAGAGAUAGAUUAUAAUCAAACC